GGCUCGGGCGAUUCGCGCGCAUGCGCGCAUUCCACGCUUCCCCCCCCCCACCCCCUCCUCAUUUAACGAUCGAUUUGAAUCAGCCGGAUGUCGCGCGCUCGCUGCCUGGGGUGGGGCGGGGCGGCGAGGCGAGGCGAGGCGAGGCGAGGCGGACGGUCAGACGGACAGCGACAGUCAUGAGUACUGGAGUAGAUAUACCAAAGGGAAUGAAGUUGAACAAAUAUGGAGAGUUAGAAAACCUUGAAUUGACUGUGGAAUACUGGAUUGCACGUUGGGAGAAGAAACAUAUUGGUUUUCAUAAGGAUGAGGUUCACAGAUUGUUGCAAAAACACCUGGAUGCCAUUCUAAAUGGAAGGAAGCAAAUCAGCAUUUUUCUUCCACUUUGUGGAAAAUCAUUAGAUAUAAAAUGGCUUCAUGACCAAGGACACAAUGUUGUUGGUGUGGAAGCUUCUGAAGUAGCAAUAGAAGAAUUCUUCACAGAGCAAAAUCUGGCCUAUACUCGGGAGCCUGUACCAGAAAUGCCAGGUGCAGAAGUAUUUAAGAGUUCUGAUGGACGCAUUUCCUUGUAUAAUGAUAUAUUUAAUUUCUCAAGUUUGAUUGCUGGAAAAUUUGAUGGGAUCUGGGACAGUAAUUCUUUGGUAGCUAUCAACCCACCUGACCAACAACGUUAUGUCAAGUUUAUGAUCACACUUAUGGCUGAAGGAUGCUGCUACCUUCUUGAUUCUUACACAUUCAACCAAAGCCAAAGUAUUGGCCCACCAUUUUCUGUCCCUAAAGAUAAAAUUGGGGACCUGUAUGGCCAAUCAUGCAACAUUCAGUUGAUAGAAUCAUUGGAUGCUUUGACUGAACGUCAGAUUUCAUGGGGACUGGAUUCCUUCAUUCAAGAAAUCUAUCUAAUUACACUGAAGACCAAUACACAGUCCUGAUCCUUCAUGCAAGGUUUGGAAACAGCAGGUGCUGGAAAUCUGAAAUGAAACCAGAAAAUGUUGGGAAAACUCAGCAGGUCAGAUAGCACAUGUGGAAAGAGAAAAGGAGUUAACAUUUUCAGUCAAGCACCUAUCAUUAGAACUCUGAACUUGUGAUGAAGAGUUUUAAACCUGAAAUAUUAACUGUUCCUUUUGCCAUGUAUAGUAUGCAUUCUGAUCUGUUUUUUUCCAGUAUUUUCUUCAUGAAAGGACACAAGGUACAUAAACUUUAUCAUUAAUUUUGCAAAACGCAAGUGAAUCUAAUUAAGGUAAUCAAAACAUCGGACUGUUAAUCGUUUUGUAGCAGGACUUGUAUAAAUAUUCUGUUCUGUUUUUAAGGGUCUACACACAUCAAAUAUAGAUUUAGGCAGUACUGCAUUCAUUAUUGCAAAUAGUUCUCCAUCACCCUCCUUUUCAAACACCUUUUGCUCACUUUCUCUUAACCCAAUCUUGACCCUCUAUACCCUUGCAAACCCUCACCCCAAAUCCAACUAAGUUUUCUUAUACUUCAGCUUCCCAGAUCUGUGCCCUUCCUUCCUAUAAUUGUGUUUGAAACUCUACAAGUGGGGAUACUUCCGCAUCAAGUACCAGAAAAAUCCAAAUCAGAAUUGAAAAGGCAUCAGUUUUGACUUUUUCCAUGCAAUAUUAUUACAUCCCAUAUAUAAAAUUUCCAGCACAGAAACAACCAUUCAGUCUUGAUGUUCAUGUUCCAUUUGAGCCUCAAUCACUCUAUUCUCAUCAAACCCCAUCACCAUAGCUUUGUGUUACUCUCUACCACGUAUACUUAAAUAGCUUUCCGUGCUUGCAUUCCAUUUCUCUGCAGCAUCAGUAUGAUUGACUGUAGCAAGGGUGUUUUCAAGGGCACACCUCUUAUUUACCUGCUCAAUGGGAUUGCUGAUGUACACCAUUUAUUGAGUUAUUCCCAGAACAUUUCCAUCAUUGGCAUCCCUUCUGCACUGUGUACUCUUACUUGAAGUGUGAAUGGCCAUUGCUGUUUAAAUUACUUCCUGCCUUUUAGGAAACAUCAUGACAUGAGGCCAACUGCCAUGUCUCAAUGACACAAUUUUUCCUCUAUAGCACUGCUUUGAAACUUCUCUGCUGCCUCUUCUUAAAUAUCAAACUGUUCAAUAUUCAGAUGUCAGUUAUCCCUAGCACAGAAGACCAAAGCCAUGGUCUUCAGUGUUGACCCAAAUUCUUACUGAUAUCAAUUCCACCCCCCUCACUGUCUCUAAACCAGCUUGUUCAUAACCUCGACAUUUUUUGUCUCCACUUGUACCUUCUUCACCCUGACCACCCAUUUGUAUGUUUCUGAUAUUACCUAAACUCAUCUGCUGCUUAAGUCCUCUUUCAAGCAUGACUAUUCUAAUAGUAUCCUGGUCCAUCUGUAAAAGCUCAUUUUCAACUCUGAUGCCAAUAUCUGUUGCCAAAUCCUAGUCAUCUAUAACCUUGCCUCCUUUAAGUUGGCUUCCACUUUCCCAACAUCUCAUUUAAUAUUAUUAUCCUUGUGUUUCAGUCCCUUUCAUGGUUUCAACUUCCUUCUGUGACCUAAAGUUACCAUCACCCAUCUCUUUCCAUUUAUAAGCCCCAAUACCUCCCAAAUUGUACAUCUUUUCAUCAUCAGCUGACUGUACCCCCCUAUGACCCACCAUAGCUCCUACACUCCACAUUGUUUAAAAAGUUCCACCCCUUAAAUUACCACCCUAAAUCCGUCCUAUUUCCAGUUCUGGCUCUAAAUGCAGUUUUUCUCUGUGUACAACUAUGAAAUGUUGACAACUGUGUUACCAGUGUCCCAUCAGAUGCCAGUGGAAAAACAAUUCUAAAAAACUUUGCUAAUUCCUUGCCAUGUUUUAACCUGUGCUGUUUAUUAGAUUACUGCCUUUUCAUUGAAAAAUGGAAGAACCUACAAUUAUGUGCAUAGAAAGAAACGUGCUUGAGAAUUUAGUGUGAUGCUGGACUAGGUUAUGAACACUGGUUUCUUAGACUAGGCUUGUGUUCCCCUGCACAGGAGAAGUAGGGAAUGGCAGAAUUCAGGUUUUUAAAAUAAUGUAUUUCAAUUUGAGUAGGUAACAGAAUGUGAUCUUAAAAUUAGACCCAAGCCAUUCAGAAGUAUCAUGAAGCAUUUCUUUGAAUAAUCAAUAGAAAUCUUAAAAUCACUCAGCCAGAAGUCUGUGGACACUGAGUGAAUAUAAACAAAAAUCUUCCAUUUUUUUUAAAGCUUUUCAUAAGUAAUGGUAUCACUGGAUAUGGCUCUGAGGUGUAAAUUGUGUUGUUGUGCAGAUCAAGUAUAAGCCAAGUGCAAGGGGGCAAGAGGCACAGUUUUGUUCCAAUGCAUUUUUUUUUACCCUUGUAUCUUUAAAUCAAUCGUGCAUGGAUUGAGAACCAUUGAGUUCUCAUGAUGAAUGUCAUAACCAGAGCUUAAAUCAACAGAUCACCAUUGCACUACUUUUUAAGUUGAUCAAAAUCAGAUAUUCAGAAGAGUGCAUUGUAAUGAUUUAAAAAUCACUUUUGGAAAUUUCUGGUCAUUUUUAGAUUGAGAGGUUGAAAAUUAUAUCAAUGCAAACUGAUAUCCAGACAGUCUACAUGUAUGCAAGUCAGAAUUUAAUAACAUUUAAUAACAUUGUAGAUCUUAGGAGUAUAGAGAUAAUAAAAUGUAUAACAAUUA